GGAGUGAUACAUUCAGAUUGGACACCAGGGACAAUUAUGAUGUGUUCAUUGAGUGACCGACAUUAAUUGGAAAAUUAGAAUUAAUUAACAAUAUGCUAAUUAAGGAGUACAGGAUCCCCCUGCCUAUGAGUGUGGAGGAGUAUCGCAUAGCCCAGCUUUACAUGAUACAGAGAAAGAGUCGUGAAGAGAGUCAUGGAGAAGGAAGCGGGGUGGAGAUUAUCACAAAUGAACCCUAUGAAGAUGGUCCCGGGGGGAAGGGCCAGUAUACCUAUAAAAUCUAUCAUGUGGGGAGCCAUUUACCAGGUUGGUUCCGAGCUAUUCUGCCGAAAUCAGCUCUUCGUGUUGAGGAGGAGGCCUGGAAUGCGUAUCCUUACACAAAGACUCGAUACAGGUGCCCCUUUGUGGAGAAACUGUAUCUGGAGAUAGAGACCAGGUACCUCAACGAUGCCGGAGAGGAAGAUAAUGUAUUCAAUCUGUCCCCAUCUGAACUCAAGAACAGGGUCAUAGAUUACUUGGACAUUGUCAAGGACCCCAUCUCCAGUGGAGAUUACAAGAAAGAGGAGGAUCCGAAAAUUUACAAAUCUCAGAAGACAGGACGUGGUCCUCUCACAGACAACUGGAGAGCAGAGUAUGCCCGCGAGGCCAAACUUCCAGGCAAUAAUAAAUGUAUCAUGACAGCAUAUAAACUGUGUCGGGUUGAGUUUAAAUACUGGGGGAUGCAAAACAAGAUUGAGAGAUUUAUACAUGACAUAGGACUAAGAAAAACUAUGCUUCGAGCUCAUCGCCAGGCUUGGUGUUGGCAGGAUGAGUAUUACGGACUAAAACUCAGUGACAUCAGGCGGCUAGAGCUGGAAACUCAGUUAGCUCUAGCUGAGAAAAUGAAAAUUACAUCAGAGGAAGAGGCUGAAGAGGAAAAUGAGACUGAGGUCAAAGAAACACCAAAAAUCCCAAUCUCCACCUCAUUUGAUCAGGCUGCAGCCAUUAAGCGACAAGCGUCUGACCCAGAUUACCAGGGGAAAAUCACCCCCGAGAGCAGGAAACCAUCAUCAGGGACCAUACAUAAACGCUCCCUUAGUGGGUCAACAAAGCAUAAAGGAGGAUCUUUCCAUGACAUCUCGACCUCUCGGAUGUUUGAGAGCCUUGAACAGCUUCAGGAAUCUAGCUCCGAGGAUGAAGAAUUUUUUGAUGCAAAAGGGCAUCUAACUCCCUGCGAUGAGAGUGAAUUCUGGUCUGAUGAAGGAUCAGACUCAGCUCCUAACUCAGGCUUGACUGGAAAAGAUGAGGAAGAGAAGCAGGAUACUCGGUCAGAACUAGUGACGAGUGGAGAUGAGUAUGCUGACGCUCGGUCUAACAUGUCUGAGGACCAGAUAGACACAUCCCUUGUGAAAAAGAUGGAGCACUUCCGCCAGCAGCAUUUCAAUGUGGAGCAGAAUAAAGAGAUAUCCCCUCCAUCAUCCGCAGGCUGUAAGACCAACAUCCUCUUCUUGGUACUACAUGGAGGAAACUUGCUUGAUAUGCAUAUUGACCAUGUGCAAGCUUCUAAGAGAAGUGACUUCAGCACGAUAAAGUCCACGUUUGAGCAGGUGAUGAGGACACAUUAUCCUGGUGCUGUGGGCCACAUUGCCUUUAGACUGGUAUCCUGCCCUCAGAUCUGUACAGACACUGUCAACCUUCUUGCCAGCCUUAGUCCUUAUGGAUACGAUUCCCAAACUCCCAAGUCCCAGGAUGCAUCAUUCUGGACCCAGGAUUUUGUACCUCUGGGAGCCAUUGCUAUGUUUGCAUCUUCUAAUCCAGAGUAUCAUGAAAGUGUCAAUAAAAUGGUGGCCAAGGCCAACCUGGUGUACCAGGACUUCCUCAGCUCAGGGGAGGGCAAGGGAUUUAAUGGGCAGGUGUGUCUGCUGGCAGAUUCCACCGGGUCCUUGAUGGCCUAUGAUGCCCUGACAAUGCCUGGUCUUCACUACGGGAGAGGAUUGAGUACAUAUGACAGUAACAACAGUCUAAAUGAAAGCAACCCUCGGUGCUCCAUCGUACGAACAUCUGACUCCAGCCAUCAGUUAAGUCUUAGUGACCCUGAUCUCUCAAAGUGCUGUGAGAUCAAAGACUGUGUGUGUAACACAGUAAUGUCUGACAAACAAUUAAGUAAAAGUGACACACUGUCCACUGACUACAAACUGAGGAGGCAGAACUCUGCACAGAGACAAUCAGGGACCCACCUCCAUGUGAAUGAACACCCAGAGCAUGUCAGACGUACCAGUACAGGGAGUAACUUUGAUGGAACUUAUCUCAAGCUGGACUUUGAGGUGUCUGAGUUCUUUAUGUUGGGUGCUCCUCUGGGUCUUGUCCUUGCCUACAGGAGAAUGACCAUGGGGGAUGAUGCCCCACCCCAAAGUCCCAUGUGCAAUCAGGUGUAUAAUUUGUUCCACUCCAGUGACCCUGCAGCAGUGAGACUGGAGCCUCUUAUCCAUGAUUCAUUCAAGCUUAUUCCACCUGUAAAGAUCUCAAGGUACAACAAGUUUCCUCUAGGAAAUGGAGAACCUAUCCAUGUAGUGGAGACGGUACAGAGUAAUCUGAAUUUGUUUACCAAUCGUCGCUGUUCAUCAGGUCCACCAUUACAAAGACAGGGGAGUAUCACCAGUAACAUAUCUCAGAUGUCUGGUCUAGGCGAGUCCACUGUGUCCUUCAUCACCAAUGUGACCAGUCGGUGGUGGGGCAAUAAAAGGGUGGACUAUGUCCUGUAUUGUCCUGAGGUGCUCCACACAUUUCCAAUCUCCGCCCUUCCACAUCUCUUCCAUGCCAGCUUCUGGGAAUCUUCUGAUGUCACUUCCUUUAUCCUCCGUCAGGUGCUUAGAUAUGAUGCCUCACUGUGUGAGCACAUAGAUGAUGAGUUAGAUUUACAGUCCAGUCUGAUAGGGAAGUCUGCACGGGAAAAGUGGUUAAAACGCAGAACAACCAUAAAGGUCAAGAAUUUACAUCCAAAUCACAGAGGGAAUGAUGUCAUGGUGCUUGAGGAUAAACCACAGGUUAUCACAGCUAGGUUCAUGUAUGGUUCGUUCGAUGUCACAUCAUUGUCAGGCGAGAAGGUUGAUGUUCAUGUGAUGGACCAGCUCAAUGGAGAGUGGCAGUACAUGGGAACGGAUGUCACAGAUAAAAAUGGAAAACUUCAAUUUACAAUUCCAGCCAGUAAAAGCCUCCCACAGGGCAUGCACCCAGUCAAAGUGGUGGUCAGGGGUGACCACAGUUCAGCCGAUUUUUACCUGUGUGUCCUCCCCCCUAAAACAGAGACAGUUGUAUUCAGUAUUGAUGGUUCCUUCACUGCCAGUAUGUCUAUCUCGGGGAAGGAUCCAAAAGUCAGACCAGGGGCGGUGGAUGUUGUCAGACACUGGCAAGAGCAUGGCUACCUGAUUCUGUACGUGACGGCCCGUCCAGACAUGCAACAUAAAAAGGUGGUGUCCUGGCUUGCAAUGCAUAACUUUCCCCACGGAAUGGUAGCAUUUAUGGAUGGUCUGUCAAAGGAACCUCUGAAACAAAAACUAGCAUACCUCAAAUCCCUCCAGUCUGAGGCUCAGUUGCUGUUCAAGGCAGGUUAUGGCUCAAACAAGGAUAUCUAUGUCUAUAAGGAACUAGGCCUUACUCCUCAACAGAUAUAUAUAGUAGGAAAGUCCUCCAGGAAACAUAUGAGUCAUGCUCAGGUACUGAGUGAGGGAUAUGCUGCCCAUCUGAGUGACCUUCGUGCACCGGGAACAACCAGACAAGCAGUGGGCAAUGCUAGACUCUUCAUUCAGAAAGGAGUUUUUACCAAGACAUUCAAGUCUGAGGGUAAAAAAGCAUUGAAAAGGGUGUCUUCUAACCCUACCCCAGCAGGGGAUUUUGUGAAUAAGCAUGACGGACAUUUACAUACAACAAUAUCAGUUGCGCCGGAGGGACAUACCAUCAUACAGCAAGGUGGCGCCACUAGUAACAGAACACGGGGAACGUCUCCAAAAACAAAAAUUACACUUAAAGAUGUUCCAAGAUAAUGAAUGUUACAUAAGUAAAUCUCUUUUAUACGCUUCCAUAAUAUUGAUAUAGUAUAUUUUGUGAUAACAAAGUUUAUGUGUCAUUAUUGUUAUUGUAUUAAGAGUAGCGAAUCUUACAUUUUUACUUUUAGAGAGAAAAUGCCCAAUAGCUUAGCGAAAUCUCUGUAUCUCUAGAUUUUAAAGCAUUUUUGUCAUAUUUAGUUGAAAACAUUGUAGAAAAAAGAAUUUUACUGAGCCAGUAAUAUAAUAAAUGUAUAGCCAAGAGCAAGGUGCUUAGUAGACAUUCAGAAAGUUCAGAGAGUCUACACAUUUACACACAAACUUAGAAGACAUUCAGGAAGUUCAGAGAGUCGACACAUUUACACACAAACUUAGAAGACAUUCAGGAAGUUCAGAGAGUCGACACAUUUACACACAAACUUAGAAGACAUUCAGGAAGUUCAGAGAGUCGACACAUUUACAACAUUUCUCUAAGCAGAUGACUGUGUUUUUUCCUCCCUCAGUAUUACUGAUUUUAUAGUCCUAUAUGGCCUUUUUUUUCCAGGCUCGCUUUUGUUACUAUUUUUAAUAUACAGUUAUAUAUACAUUUAAUUUUGAGUUUAUUGACUUAUAAUAGUCUUGUUGAAUAUAGUAAAAUGGACAUGAGAAUGGAAUCUGAUUUUAAGCCUUGCAGCCUAUAUUUGUUUUAGAAUUGCAGGCUUUGAUACUGAAGUGAUGGCAUAAUUUCAGCCGAUUUUUGACACAAAAAUUUAUUUCUAAUCUAUUAACCAUGCAGGUGGAUGAUGUUACCAUAAGCCUGAAAGUUAUUAGUUUUUUUUUGUAUUGGGAUUUUAAUAAGAUACAAAUAAGGAAUCAUUUACAUUUACAGUUGUACAUGUGUUUACUUUUCAAAAUACUUUUCAAAAUGUUUUGAUUUUUUGACUAGAUGUGAGACAAUCAUUUUCCCUCAUAGGGAACUGUGUUAGAAUUUCUCUGUCUCAAUGUUUCACCUUUAUUAUUUACAUACAAGGUUAUUUGUAAUAAAAUGUGAAGGAGAGGUUUUAUUAUUUUUUAUGGAAAUGGAUUGGAAUUUUUUUUCUGCCAUUCUGUUGCAAACAUUUUAAUUUUUU